AUGCUCAUAAUCGGCCUAACAGGCUCAAUAGCCACCGGCAAAUCCACCGUCUCCAACCUCCUCUCCUCUCCCCCCUACUCCCUCCCGAUAAUCGACGCCGACCAGCUCGCCCGCCGCGUCGUCGAACCCGGGACAAAGGGCUACAAUGCCAUCGUCAGCUACUUUGGCCCGAGCACACCAGACCUCCUCCUCCCAGCGUCCCCCAAGGACCCCCCGAACCGCCCCCGCCCACUGAACCGCCCCGCACUCGGGAAGCGUGUCUUUGGCGACUCCGAGGCCCUCAAGCGCGAUCGCAUGGUCCUGAAUAAAAUCGUGCACCCGGCCGUACGGUGGGAGGUCUACAAGGCGCUGAUGUACUACUAUGUGCGCGGCCACUGGGCGGUUGUUCUCGACGUGCCGCUGCUCUUUGAGAGUGGGAUGGAUCUGAUCUGCGGGACUGUGAUUGUUGUUGGGGUUAGUGAUCCGAGUGUGCAGAUGGCGAGGCUGCGCGCGCGCGAUGCGCAUCUCUCUGCGGAGGAUGCGGAGAACCGGGUCAAGAGUCAGGGGGAUGUCAAGGGGAAGGUGGAGAAGGCCGAGUUCCGGGGCACGGCUGAUGCGCGCGGGGUGAUUGUGUGGAAUGAUGGAGAUAGAGGACAGCUAGAACAGGAGGUUGCGCGGGCGAUUUCAAAAAUCCAGGGAAGUAGUCCGCAGUGGUGGGCGUGGUGUUUGCUUGUUGCGCCGCCGCUGGGGGUUAGUGUGAUGGCGUGGAAUCUGCUGGUGAAUUUUUCGACGAGAAGAAGGUGGGAGAAGAAGGUGGAGAGGGAGAGGGCGAAUUUGUGA